CGUGGUGGGCGCGGGUGGAGCCAUGGGGGAGCUAGUGGUGGUGCCGGCCCAGGCGCCCUGCCACCGAGGUGCUGUGCUUUCUUUGGUUUGUCAUGACUUUUUUCAAGCAUGGUGCAAGGUCAUCAAUGUAUCAGUGUCUCAGGCUUCUGUCUUCACCUACCCAAAUAGACACUCCGAUGAAACAAACCUGAGUAUUUCCACAUCUGCAGAGAACAAAUCUAGGCUCUUUGUAGGUGUGGUUUUGGCAAUAGGUUCCAGUAUUUUUGUUGGUUCCAGCUUUAUACUAAAAAAGAAGGCCCUUUUGCGACUGGCUGACAAAGGAAUCACCAGAGCGGGGCAAGGUGGAUAUUCUUACUUGAAGGAAUGGCUCUGGUGGGCAGGAUUGCUUUCAAUGGGAAUAGGAGAAGCUGCAAACUUCGCUGCAUAUGCCUUUGCACCUGCAACCUUAAUUACCCCACUGGGUGCUUUGAGUGUUCUUAUAAGUGCAAUACUGUCAUCUUAUUUUUUAAAUGAGAAGCUGAAUAUUCAUGGAAAGUUGGGUUGCAUUUUAAGUAUUUUGGGAUCAACAGUGAUGGUUAUUCACGCACCUGAAGAGGAGGAGGUCACUUCAUUAGCAGAAAUGGAAAUAAAACUACAGGAUUCAGUGUUUAUGGCAUUUGCUGCUGUUCUAAUGGUCAUCUCCCUAGUGUUGAUUUUUGUUGUGGCUCCGAGGAUAGGUCAGACGAAUAUCCUGGUCUACAUCUCAAUUUGUUCUGUGAUUGGUGCCUUCUCUGUUUCAUCCAUCAAAGGCCUGGGCAUUGCCGUUAAAGAGAUGCUGGAGCAGAAGCCAGUUUACCUACAUCCACUGGUUUAUAUUUUGGUGGGGACAUUGGUGCUGUCAGUCAGCAUUCAGAUCAAUUAUCUCAACAAAGCACUGGAUGUGUUUAAUACAUCUUUAGUGACACCUAUCUAUUAUGUGUUUUUCACCAUGAUAGUUGUGACAUGCUCCAUCAUAUUGUUCCAAGAAUGGAAUAGCAUGGACAUGGGUGAUAUCAUUGGGACCCUCAGUGGAUUUUUUACUAUAAUCAUAGGCAUUUUUCUUUUGCAUGCUUUUAAAAAUACUAAUAUCUCCUGGAAUCAAUUGAUAGCUGCUACCAUAAAAGAAUCUUCACUGCCACACCAUGAAUAUGAAACUCAUCAUACUUUAUUGGAGGACACAUAUGAGGAGGAGAAUACUUUGUUUAAUAGAAGACACAUACAGGGAGCAAUUCACCAUUAAAAAAUUUAAUUACAAGCCAGAUCCACUUCAGCCUACCAGAACACAAUUUCCAUCUAUCCUUCUCUGCAAAACAGUAUGAAGUGAGCUAGCAUUAGCUACAAAGUGAUCUACGUGGAGAAAUAACCAACAGUCACUUUGACAUUGUCCAUAAUGAACAGAAAGCUAUGAAUUACUGAAUGGCACAAAUAGAAUUAUGAUGUUGUUGCCACUUAUUCCUUGGCCAGGUCUCUAGCAGUAUAUUUGUUUCUGCAAGGUUUCUACAUAGUAUGACAACUGGAAAUCUUUUUAAGUUGAAAAAUUGGGGCAUGUACAAGUUGUAUUAAUAAAAUAUCCUUUUUUUCCUUUCAUGAUCCACAGUAAUAAACAGCUUUACUAAGGUGAAAGACAUUUUGCAGUGAAGGCAUUAAUUUAUAGAUAUAAUGAUGUUUUCAAAGAGUGAUAAUCUUAAUAUUUGCCAAACUAAUUACAUGUAACAUUCUACUUUUGAAGACUAUCAUUUAGUAGAGAUUCUAAACAACAUGCCAUCUUCUGCAAUUAACAUUGCUACAAAGCUGUUAAUUUGUUAAAUGAAAUCUUCAUUGUGACCACCUACCACUGGACCUGGUACAGAUAGUAUGAAAACUUUUAUAAAAAUCAGUUAUUUGGAAGCUAAUGCCCAACUACAUAUAUUUGUACCCGUUAACUUUUAUUUUGCAUUAUAAUCCUAUCAUUUCAUUUUAAGUGAGAUGUUUUCAACUUAUCAAAUUCAUACACACUUUGCAUGCCUUCUUCCCUUGAAACUCUGGCCAGGAUUUAUUAAGAAAUCAAAAGGAUUUUUUUAAAUGAAACUCUUCUUGAUGGAAAUGAAGAUAUUUGAAAUAAAAAGAACAGUUGUUUAAAGGAAGAGAAGAUAUGUGUAUAAAUAAACCUUUCAAAACGCACAAAUCCCUUCCUUCAGAACCAAAAGAUGGAUGAAUUAAAAUCUGUAUGUGAUGCUGUCUAAUCCAAAAUGGAGUUACUGGAUUAAUGCUUUGACUUCGAUGUGAUAUUUUCCUUACACCGAAGUUUGUUUCUACUAAUUACCUCAAGCCAUUGUCUUCUGUGUUGCUGUUGGGUGGAGUCCAUGUUUAUGUUCAUUUCCGUAUCUCUUUUUGCACCCCUAGAUUCUACUACUAAAUCCACGCAACUACACCUUAAAAUCCUGUAUUUUUUAAAUCUGUACUUCUCAGGAAAAGAAUCAUUUAAGUGUUUGUUAAAUGUUCAGAAAAUCUGAUAAGUGCACAAACUUAAGAUUGACCUUUUAUUUUCUUUGAACAAGCCAUAAAUAAGUUUGUUAAUCAUUUUGAAAACUAUAGCAACAUGAAUGCAAUAGUUAAAAGCAGGGCUGUGAUAUGCAGUUUAUAUAAUGGGUGAUCAAAAUAAGCAAAUACUGUAUUAUGUUAAGCACUUUGUUUUGUCUAUCCCUUAUGGUUUACAACGACCUUUAUAUUUGCUGCACAAUUAAAUAUAUUUACUUCA